CCAGUCUUAAUUGGGGCCCGGGCUAUAAUGCCUAAUUACUGUUUUCACUGCUGGAUCGCCUUGCCCAGCAUUGCACCUGAGUCACUGCAUUGGGAAAGCCGAUGCGACGCGCAGCAGGGCCGGUCCCAGCUGGGCCACCCCACACCCAUUGCAGUGGGUCAGGACGUAUCUGUGGGGUCUGUGCCCAUAGCACUGUCACCAUCAUCAUGGUGGCACUCAGAGCUGGAUGUGAAGCUGGCACAGCAGUGCUCACACACAACUGGAGGCCGUGGGAAGAGGCAGCAGUGCUUCAAUCAGAGAUGUUCUCAAACAAUGAUGAAGCUGUGAUCAACAAGAAGCUUCCCAAAGAGCUGCUGCUGCGGAUUUUCUCUUUCCUGGAUGUGGUCACUCUGUGUCGCUGUGCUCAGGUCUCCCGGGCAUGGAAUGUUCUGGCCCUGGAUGGCAGUAACUGGCAGCGAAUUGACCUGUUUGAUUUCCAGAGGGAUAUUGAGGGCCGAGUGGUGGAGAACAUCUCGAAGAGGUGCGGGGGGUUCCUGAGGAAGCUGAGCCUGCGUGGCUGCCAGGGAGUCGGGGACAACGCACUGAGGACCUUUGCACAGAACUGCAGGAAUAUCGAAGUGCUGAACCUGAACGGCUGCACCAAAAUCACAGAUGCCACAUGCACCAGCCUCAGUAAGUUCUGCUCCAAACUCCGGCACCUGGACCUGGCGUCCUGCACCUCCAUCACCAACCUGUCCCUGAAGGCACUCAGUGAGGGCUGCCCGUUGCUGGAGCAGCUCAACAUCUCCUGGUGUGACCAAGUGACCAAGGAUGGCGUCCAGGCACUGGUGAGGGGCUGCGGGGGCCUCAAAGCGCUGUCCCUGAAGGGCUGCACACAGCUCGAGGACGAAGCUCUCAAAUACAUCGGUGCAAACUGUCCUGAAUUGGUGACGUUAAACCUCCAGACGUGCUUACAAAUAACAGAUGAUGGUCUCAUUACAAUAUGCAGAGGAUGCCACAAGCUGCAAUCGCUGUGCGCCUCGGGCUGCUGCAACAUUACAGAUGCCAUCCUGAACGCCCUGGGACAGAACUGCCCGAGGCUCAGAAUAUUAGAAGUCGCCAGGUGCUCCCAGCUGACAGACGUGGGCUUCACGACUCUGGCCAGGAACUGCCACGAGCUUGAAAAAAUGGACCUGGAGGAGUGUGUCCAGAUAACAGACAGCACGCUAAUCCAGCUCUCCAUACAUUGUCCACGGCUCCAGGUUCUGAGUUUGUCCCACUGCGAGCUGAUCACGGACGACGGCAUUCGCCACCUGGGGAACGGCGCCUGCGCCCACGACCGCCUGGAGGUGAUCGAGUUGGACAACUGCCCCCUGAUCACCGACGCUUCCCUGGAGCACCUGAAGAGCUGCCACAGCCUGGAGAGGAUAGAGCUGUACGACUGCCAGCAGAUCACACGGGCGGGGAUCAAGAGACUCAGGACCCAUUUACCCAACAUCAAAGUCCACGCUUACUUCGCGCCGGUGACACCGCCUCCAUCGGUCGGGGGCAGCCGACAGCGCUUCUGCAGAUGUUGCAUCAUCCUAUGACACUGGAAGCAGCCAUCCCUGCAAACUGAGUAUUUAAUGACACCUCUGGAGCGACGGUGGACAGCUGUACCUUGGAGGAGGGCGAUGCGGUGUCGUUUGCAAGGGGCAGCCAGCGGGCAGCGGCGCCGGCCCCUGGAGCCACCCAUACACAUCCAUAUUCACACCCCACCUGUUCCAGCAGACGGAUGAACUCUGCGGUCUGGGGCUGGAGCUCUUGGCUUUUCUGUAGGUGGAUUGGUAUAAUUCUGAACCAUUCCUGCUGGGCAUGCUCAGACAAAGUCAUUGCGGUGAGGAGGGGAGAUGUUUGCAAACCCAAAACGACUGUUGCUGCUGUAGAGGUUAGAAAGUAAUGGCGACCCUUGGAAACAGGGAGAGAAAGGGAGGUGCUUUAUCCCUGCAUCCGUUGUCCAGGUGGAAAAAAAAAAAGCAAAGGAACAAACUGAACCAACUGACAGCCCCACGUUGUGUGUCUGCUUCUGAGCGAGGGGUGGAGGAGCAGCAGUGAGAGAUGGGAGCCCUGCUGCUGCCAUCCCUGCUGACCCCCUGGGCCCCCAUCGCAGGUUCGUCUGCUGCUCCUGCGUCCUGUGGCUCAGAGGCUCCGGAGGUGUUGUGCUGUAGUCGGGAUCUGCACCGUCAGGCUCUGGUUUUGCCCUUCCCUUUUUGGUUUUUGGUUGGUUUUUGUUGUUGUUUCUUCCUGUUCGUCAUUUGGUAACUUUGAGAUUUACCAAAUCAAAAGAAGUUUAGGGAAAGCCAUUUAAAUUUAAAAACAAAUCCUCAUUUUUUUUUUAAACCGCUGGCAGCCUGAGCCUGCAAUGAGCUGAUGGAAAAAGUGAUUGGAAUCCCAGGUUUUCUCCCGGUGAUGAGGACGUAACUCUUUGCUAUAGGGGACAAGCUAUAGCCUCUGCUCCAGCGCUGCUUCUGCUGUCCUUUCCCUCCAAUCCCUCAUCCCCUUCCCACGAGGAAAAUAAACACGGAACCUUUUUGCUGAUUGUCCUGGUCCAGAGCUCCUGCCUCCCUGUGUCUGUGGAGCAGGAGCAGCAGCAGGGCCGGCCACAGCUUGUCGCCCAUCGCCGUCCCGUUGUGCAGCAGCGCUGGGCAGUUGUGCUGCGUUGCCCACAGGUAAGUGCUGCCCUGGAAGAACCAGCUGGAGGCAGAGAGGCUGCGCUGCGCUCCAACAGCAGUCGGGGUCGUGCUGGGAGCAGCGGUGGCGCCGGUGCUUGGGGUGAGGUUGACCCAGAGCGAGCUCCCUGUUGGUGGGGCAGAACGCAGGGGUGCCGUGGGGCAGAGCAUGGCCAGAGCAGAGCAGGGUGGUGGGGAUGAGCUGAGGGGUCCGGCACGGCACUGUUCCUGCUGCCUGCACCCCGGGUUGGAAGGGAGAGGGCACGUUUAUGGGAUGGAUCCCAGCUGAGAGGAGCGGGUCUGGUAAGCAGCUGAGCUGCCCGCAGCCCUGCGAGCGGUGCUUCACCUUCCUGCUGCCUGUGCGGCCCCAGGGAGUGCAGCUUUGGGCCGCGGUUUGCCUGAGGACGGAGCCACCCCCAGGGCUGCACAGCGGCCGUCUCCCCUUCCCCUCCAACUCAGAUUCCCCGACCCGUCGGUGUUGUUUAACGUCUCUCAGAUGCGCUGACUGGUGGGAGGAAAUCACACGUACGCUGUGUUUAAAAGGAUACUGUCAAUUCCUUUCCUCUAGAUGGCUUUUAAUGCAUUCUAUUUAUUCAAAUCCGUGGAUUCUCUCUCCUCGGUGAGCAUGCUCCUGUACUUCACCUGCAGAACUCCUUUCUCCAGUUUUCAGGGUGGCAGAUGACAGCUGAGGGGUCCCACCAGCGAUGGGUGCUGGUUUGCACAGCUCUGGCACAGCACUCGGCUCAUGCUGAGGCAUAAGAGCCAAAACUGAUCUGUGAGCCAGGGUGUAGCUGACGGACUGAUUUCUUUUAACAGGUUUAAGAGAGAACUCAGAGCAUAGAACCCAAAGCUUUGUUUGUUUUCAAACAGGGUAACAGCGUAAGGUAGCUCAAACUACUUGACAGUGUCCUUUUAAGUCAAUUAUCCGUCUCUAAAUGGACUCUUCCUUAUGUUUGUAUUUAUAAAUAAAUACCAAUAAAGACCAUUUUCCAAGCCUUGUCUUACUAGAGGAACAUCCUUACAAAGCAGAAAACCCUGCGUGCAGUGGCAGAUUGCCCUCAGAGCUGCAGCGAGCUGAGGGGUGGAACUGGAGCCCAGCUUUAAGGGAACAGCUCUCACUGUCCUGAAAGGUCUGCAUUUUGUUCUCAGCUGUUCUCUGCC